ACUUAAACAAUUAGGCGCACUACAACUACAACCGCCCCAGUUCAUCUUCAGCCCAUACUGUAUUGCGCCAUGUCUGAGGACUUCAGGAAAUACCUGGCGACAGAGGUUCUGUCCGAGCAGCGAACUAUAUCCUACCGCAAUGUCUCUCGAGCCCUGAAAGUACACGUCAAUACCGCCAAAUGUAUGCUCUACGACUUCUACGAAUUUCAAAAUGGAAAGAAACCUGGAUCUGUCUAUGCUACAUAUCUCCUGUCCGGUGUCAAAAAAGCACAACAUGCUUCAUCACAGUCCAACGGAACCACAAACGGCCAUAAGCAUGAAUUCGAAGACGAGCCCAUCCCUUCCAGUCCACCACCCUUUACAAGUUCUAUGUUGGAACCAAGUCAAGAGAGCAAUCAAACAUCCGAAGACAAAGGCCCACAGACAAAAGUACGCACUAUCACGCUGGUAAGAGAAGAAAAUCUGGAAGCGUUAAAAGAACAAUACGAGCAUCUCAGUUCAAUACAUGUCUACAGCUUAUCGCCUGCGCAUAUACGAGAUCUUUUGACUCUGACCGACAUCAGCCGGGGUCUAUUUACCGAUGUAUUUGCAAAGCAAGAUCCCUUGGAGCACAAUAAGACAUUCGGCAUCAUCCAGAAUCCCCAUGUCAGGCGACGGCAGAGAAAGCGCCCUGUUGUGCCUCAGGGGCCGGCACCCAAAUUCCAGGCGGUCAAAGAGGAACCCAAAGCAUCUGCAGCCAAAUCUACAGCUCAGUCCAAAGCAGCACCCAAGACGGCGCCGGCAACCAAGAACGAAGAACCAUCCCGACCCAGCUCUCGCGACAGCACUUCGACCACUGGAUCGGCCAAGCAGUCAGCAAUGAAACGUGAGUCUUCGGACCUUUUCCGGGCCUUUGCAAAGCAGAGUCAUCAGAAAUCGAAACCUGCUGCUAUCAGGCAAGACUCUGAUACCAAGAUGAAAGAUGACGACGAAGGUGAAUCUGAAGACGACGCAGUCUUUCUGGACACGGGAAUGCGCACAGCCAAGAAACGACCUAGCGAUGCAAGAAAGGAGCGUGAGGACAAGGCGGCCAAGCUGCGCAAGAUGAUGGAUUCUGACGAUGAAGCCGAACCUGCCGUGCCCGGCGUGGAGAAAGCGACAGGUGUAAAUGGCGAACCCGUCACCGCGCAAGCGGGUACGGACGCCGUGCAAGACAAUGAAGAAGCCAAAGGCGAUGCAGAGGCCGUUGCCUGGUCGGACUCGGACACGGAGAAAAAGCGACAGACGGCACCCAAGAAAGACGCAUCGACCAACUCACAAGGCGAGCAGAUCGCGACGAUGACCUCGGGCGGACGUCGUCGAGGUAAGCGCAAAGUGAUGAAGAAGCGCACAACCAAGGACGAGGAUGGGUACCUCGUCACGAAAGAGGAGGCAGUAUGGGAGAGUUACAGCGAGGACGAACCCGAACCCAAGCCCGAACCGCCCAAGAAAGAGGUGCCACGGAGUACGUUUGGGUCGAAUAAGGGGCAAAGUCAGCCUGCAAGUCAGAAAGGAGGUGGCAAGGCGGCGCCGAAGAAGGGAAAUAUUAUGAGUUUCUUUGGCAAGAAGAAUUGAGCCAUUCUCAUGCACGAUGGCACAUUCAGAGGAUGCAUAGCGUAGAGUGGUAUAGACGGGACGAAUGAAACUGUACACAUAUCAUGGCGGCAUCACCUGUGCUACUC